UUCUGGGAAGACAAAACUAUUUGCUCUGAGUGUUUUAUUCCCCCCCAUCUGCAUUUAUUUCAAGACUGCCACGUGUAUAGUGAGUGCAUUCCCAGGAUCAAAGCUUGCUGGGAUUCUUCUGUAGUCCUUCAGCUAGCCACUCAGCAACAAUGCAUCUCUGCUGCAAAUUGAUGUUAUUUGUGCAUGCUUUUAUUCUUCUAAACUGUCACAUUCAGGGUCAAGAAACUAAAGACACACAAGAAGACGUUAAAAUCGAAGUGGUCUAUGUUCCAAGUGAAUGUGAGCAAAAGAGCAGGAGGGGGGACCUGGUGAAUGCACAUUAUGAUGGGUUCCUGGCGCAUAAUAUGUCCAAAUUCUUUUGCAGUCGUUCAGAAAAAGAUGGACACCCAAAAUGGUUUGUUGUUGGAGUUGGACAAGUGAUCAAAGGACUUGACAUAGCAUUGCUGGAUAUGUGCCGAGGGGAAAAAAGAAAAGUCGUCAUUCCUCCUUCAUUGGCUUACGGAGAAAAAGGCUACGAUAACAUUCCACCUAAUUCCACGUUGAUUUUUGAGAUUGAGUUGUUAGGAAUAAGCCGGGGACCACGUAGCAUGGAGGCAUUUCUGCAAAUCGAUCUUGACAAUGACAAGCAGCUAUCCAAAGAUGAGAUAAGUCAUUAUUUAUCCGAAGAAUUUAGGAAGGAUGGCAAAAAACGGGACCCGUCUGUGCACGGACUCAUUUUAACGGAUAUAUUUGAGAAAAAUGAUCAUGAUGGCAAUGGCUUCAUUUCUACGAGAGAAUAUAAUGUCUACAAACAUGAUGAAUUAUAGUAAAUUAUUUUUUGUGUGUUGCUUAAGUAUUGUUUUUGUUUUACUUAUCACAAUUACUUUUAACAACUUUCUUUAAGCCCAUAACUAAUAACACUGAACUGCACAUAUAAACUGGACAUAUAAAAGUUAUAUGUAAAUAAUACACCGUGUCAACAAUACGUACAGUUUACGUUGGUGUUUCUACACAUUCUUUUUUUUAUGUCA